AAAUAAAUAGAAGCAAAUCAUUUUCUCUGGCUUACUCAUUUGGUCUGGCAGUCAUGUCCACAGUACAGUAUUUGAAUGCAGACCCAGUAAAGUCAGGAAACAAGGGCUACAUAAACGGAUUUUGCAUAAAAAAAGUAUUAUUUUGAUCAAACUAAUAAUCUCGAAUUUGUUAGUUGUUUUAAAUUCUUAAUAAAUGUUCAUUUGAGAUCAUUUUAAAUUUGCUGUUCAGAAACUUUGCAGGUGAGUGUGCUCAUGCCUUGGGUUCUCUCUGUUUAAAUUCAUCUGGUGAAAUGUGACUUUUUUUUUUUUUUUAGAAAACUUUUAAAUGUGAUGUAGUGACAUGUAUCGUUUCAAAAAAAAAAAAGCUGUCAGAGAGGUUAGUUUUACUUUUCUCGUGCCCAUGAAUUAGCAUCAUUUAUUUUAUUUUCCUGCCAUUCCCACAGCAUGCUGCUGCCGCCACCAUGUACCACCUACCGUGUUUAAACCCGGCGGCAGCCACCAUUAUUAUUCCCAGACAGAUCAAGGAGGUUCUCCUUAUCUUUUUAUUUAUGAGCUACUGUGCCAAACUUUAUAGCACAUAAUGCAGCUUCCCGUGUACACCUUCAAAGUAAAUUCCCUCUAAAUAGCCAGACGUCGCCUUUGACGUAACACUAAUGCUUUGUUGGAUAUUUUAAUCUGUGUAAAUUAUUUUAAAGGAUAUAAAAAAUGCCUCUAAAUAAACAAUGCUCUUCUUUUGAAAGACCGAAAACGCACUUCCGUCAGCCGUCGCUAGCUAAACAAACAUGGCUCUGCUACUUUUUCAGACAACGGACCUUUAUGAUACGUAGCCACAUAGAAAGGAGGGAAACAUGCAACUGAUGAAACGUGACAUGUUAUUUGUUAUAAGACACUUUAACUAAAGAAAAGAGGUAUCCUUGUUUUGUUCGGCCCAGAGAAGCCCUUCGUAGCCGUGUUUACAUGCAGCUAGCUCCACGGUUGGCUAAUGGAAGCUAGUUGUAGCAAGAUGGACCUUGGAACAAUGUUGUACAACAAUUUAAAAGAUGUUACAUGGAGCACGACGUCCUUACCUUUAGACCAGCUUGUCAGUGCAUAUAAGCUGCCACAGAUUGUCAAACUGGAUAACGGUCAGUUAGUUGAAGGGCUUCGAGACAAUGACUACCUCUUGAUUCAUUCCUGCCGUCAGUGGACAACUAUUACUGCUCACAGUCUGGAGGAGGGACACUACGUGAUUGGGCCCAAAAUAGAGAUCCCAGUCCAUUAUGAAGGCCAGUUUAAGCUGCUCGAGCAGGACAGAGACGUCAAGGAGCCUGUGCAGUACUUCCACAGUGUGGAGCAGGUGGCCAAAGCAUUCCCUGAAAGGGUGUAUGUCAUGGAGGAAAUCACUUUCAAUGUUAAGAUGGCUUCAGGGGAAUGCAAUGAAGACACGGAGGUUUACAACAUAACACUAAGCACUGGUGAUGAACUGACACUAAUGGGCCAGGCGGAGAUCCUUUAUGCCAAGAGCUCUAAAGAGAAAUCAAGGCUCAAUACUAUUUUCAAGAAGAUCGGCAAGCUUAACUCUAUCAGUAAGAUCGGCCGGGGGAAGAUGCCCUGCUUGAUUUGCAUGAACCAUCGCACCAACGAGAGCAUCAGCCUACCCUUUCAGUGCAAAGGCUGGUUCAGCACCUGCAGCCCGCUGGAGCUCCAGAUGCAGGACGGUGAGCACACCAUCAGAAACAUCGUGGAGAAAACCCGACUCCCCGUCAACGUCGUGGUACCCAGUACCCCACCGCGCAGCCAGUACGAUCUCCACCUCAUCCGGGAGGGUCACCGCUACAAGCUGGUCAACAUCCAGACCAAAACUGUGGUCGUGUGCUGCAUUCUGCGAAGCAACCAGAUCAUCCCCGUCCAUUUUCCUUUCCACAUGGCCAUGCCGAGAUUCAUCGUUCCAGAAGAACUGCUGCUGGGAGAACUGUGGUUGGACACCAUGGUGCAUCGCUGGUUUUCCUUCUGCCAGGAGCAGUUUGACAUAGAUGACUACUCUCGUGCUGUUCGGGACGUGCGGGCCGACUGGAACGACGACGGCAAAAGCCCGAAGAAAAGCAGCAGGAACAGCAGCUGUGGGGGGAACAGUGGAAGCAGCAGCGGCUCCAGCGGAUGUCCCAACCAUAAGCAGGUCCCCACCUCUCUGACUUACGCCCGGGAUGAACUCACGCAGUCGUUCCACCGGCUUUCAGUGUGCGUGUACGGCAGCAACCUGCACGGGAACAGCGAGGUCAACUUGCAGGGAUGUAUGGCGCUGUGUGGAGAUUGGGCUCUUCUGCCUUCUGAUGGCAGCCAUUCAGAAUCUGGAGAGAACGAACACCUGUUCCCUGAGCUGCUGGACUGCACAAGCCAACAUGCAAAUCUCAACAAGCUGGAUGUUCCCUAUGAGGAGCUGUGGUUGGAUCACCUCAAAGGACAGAACCGAAAACCCUCUUCAGGUGAAGGCGUAAGAGUCACAAACGACGACAGUGCAGCUGUUGUUGCACCGUUGUAUCCGGUCACAUGUCCUCCUGGUGCCAUAACCAGUUUAGAAGUUCCUCUUACUCCACCACCUGUCCCACCCAAGUCUGAAGCUGUGAAGGAGGAAUGUCGUCUUUUGAACGCUCCACCCAUCCCUCCUAGAAGUAUGAAGCAACUACCGUCUGUGCCCGCCCCGUCGAAGCCCCGCCAGCAGGACACUCGGUCUCCAAGUCCAACGCUUUCCUAUUAUUCUUCAGGUCUCCAUAACAUUGGAGCAGGUGAGCAAGAGGGAGCCGACCUACAAGAGCAAAGCCACGUCUGCUACCCCUGCAGCUGGGGUAAAUCCAGCAGCACAGAGAAAAGAGCUACUUCGCCCAGCGGAAGCCUGCCGUCAGAUGGGGUGUCGUCUCGUUUGUCUUGGCCCAACAACCUCAUGGGAGGAGACUCGUGUUGCAUGGAUGAGUUUGUGCCCGCCAGCUGCCGGAGCUACUUCAGUUACCCCAGGAAAAGGACCCCAAGUUCCUCGAAAACCUGCACGUCCAGUCUGGAUGAUUUUGACAGCCGAGACCACGCGCAGAGCAGCAGGGAGUUCAGCUUGCAGAAAGGGCCUCUAAACCAGAUCUGCACUAAAUCUUCAAGCUACAACUCGGAAAUGUACAGAAACAAGCCAAUAGAAGAAUCAAACACUAAACAGAGCCUAUCCUGCCCCAUCUUACCACCAAGAACUAAAUCCAAUGCCAUUAAGAAGUGCCCAAAUUUACCUUCAGAGUCUGUCUGUGAUCCCACACAGGGAACUGUUAGUCCUACUGAGCUGGGUUCUAAUGAGAUCUGUUCCACCUCCAACUCUGUAGCUCUAAACUGUCCCCCCGUUUCUCCCACGGCAAAGUGGCAGCCACCUUUAAACCUGUCCGGCAUUUCCAUCGAAGAGGUGUCCAAGUGUUUGAAGUUCAUUGGCCUGCCGGACGACAUCGUUUCUCAUUUUGUGUCUGAGAAGAUCGACGGGAAUCUCCUCCUGCAGCUCACCGAGGAGAUUUUGUCCGAAGACUUCAAAUUGAGCAAACUGCAAGUGAAGAAACUCGUGCAGUUCAUGAAUGGGUGGAGACCCAAGAUAUAACCGUGUGAAACACUAAACCUGGUUGUAAAGCUGAGAACAUAAUUCCUUCAGUAUAUAUGCUAUGCACAGCAAGCCACAAAGAGGCUUCGGAUUUUUCUCUGAUGUAUUAAACUUAUUUCUGUUACUAAACCAUGGCGAACAUACUGCGGUUGGGUAGCAUCUAUAAACCCUUCGACAGGCUGUGACUUUAACUCAGUGAAACAAUUUGGCACUUUCAUAAAGGUAUAUUUGUGUCAAAAUCUCAGUAUGUUGUCAUCCAUAGCCCGCUAAUGUUUAUGACAUUAAAGAAAGUUUGAUUUAAAUCAACAAAUCAUAUGCAAACGAAGGCAAAUGUGAAGAAGUUGAGGAUGCUAGAACUAUUAAGAUGUUUUUAAGAGCACAAACUACAUAAUAUCUGUCUUUAACAUGUAAAAGUAAAAAUAUUUAAUAAAACAAACCUAAAUAUAUAAACACGCUAUUCUCUAGUUAAAGGGAAAGUUCAGGGUUUUUCAUUAGGUUAUAAGCACUUUAUAUCUUACCUGCAAUAGCGUACUUGAAAAAAAAUUGUUAAUGUAGCAGAGUUCCAGUUUAGUUGGUCCUGGAUUCAGAAGCUAAUGGUUAGCAUGAGUGGAGCUGAGACCAAAGCAGACUGUCAUUGUAAAACAACUGCAAUCCAGCAGUUAUGUGAACCAUAGUUUAUAAGCUUUUAAAUCUUCUUCGGAUUUGCAUUAGGCGGGUAUUUCUGAUCAGUCAGAAAGAAAAAAGCUACAUUUUGUGGCUAAUAAUGCUCUAAGUCGAUCUGUGGGCACCACAGCAUAGUUUUAUAAAAGAAAGCAUUUUAUUUCUGCCAAACCUUUUGCUCACAAACAAAAACUGCGGUUGCCCUGGUGGUCUGGCUGUUUACUGCCUGCUGGAGCUAUGUGUCCGAGGUCACCCGUGUUUUCUGCACUGAUGAUCUUUGCAGCAAAACUGCUCACUUCACCAUUUAUUUUUUCUGCUAAUUAGCGGUCAUGCAUCCAUUCAACAUGUUCCUCCAGGAAAGAUCUUUUUUACCAGGAAAUACGUGAACAGUUAUAGGUAUUGUACGUGUCCUAUGUACAACAAUAGUCAAUCCGACUCUACACAUCCAGGUUUCACGUCAUUAUCCAUAUGUGGCUACAAAAACAGAAUUAAAUUUGUUUCUAAAAUAUUUUCCAUUUAAAUGUUCAUAAAAUAGUGAUAAUAUAAACUCCUAUAACUCCUCUGAGAUUUGACUUUUUAUUAUGGCAGUAGUCCACGGUUGGACUAGCUGUGUAUAGAAAGCACCAAAGCUUCAGACCCCAGGUCCAACUAAUCAGAUUUUAAGCUAAAUUAGGUCACCAAAGGAGUAAUCAACUGCAGGUAAGAUAUUAACUGCUUAUAAGCUUUCACAGAACCUCACCCCAGAAAUCCUGAACUGUCUUUUGAAUAUGUUGUAGGAGAAAUACUAUGGUAUUUACUUGUUUGUAGUAUUUGUUCUGGAAGAACAGGGAUAGAACAACAAAAAAAAAUGUUACUGUGCAAGUUGAAACAUAAAAUAAUUAGAUUUAUGUCAAGUGUUAUUGUUUUGCUUGUUUAAUUAUUUCUAGCUUGCCCUCCCUUUUUAACUCUGUUUAGCAGCUGUACUUUAGUUUUUCUCCAUGUCUAAAAUACAGGGAGAAGUAAAAGUACUCCUGUAGCUUGUGGUACUUUAGUGGAGAUCAGGUUUCUUCAAAAAAAAAAAAAAAAAAACUAGCUUUGGCAUUAUUUAAUAUGAAAAAUAUGUGAAUAAACGCUAAAUGAACAAAAACAGGCUGCAGAAAAGUAUUACAUGAAAGAAUAGUUGUUUAUUCCUUGGUUCAGAGAAGUUUAUUUAGUGCAUAUGACCUAACCCGACUUUGUUUUCUGCCCGAAAGAAACACACUUUCCUUAUAUGCAACCCUCGUUUCUGUUUGAUUCAGUUUUAGGGUUAAAAUGAAUUCCACUUGCUAUAAGAGAGUGAAAGUCUGUCCUAACUCUGAAACUAACAUGGAGCUGUGGCAGGACGCUGUUCAUCAUCAAAUACAAAUUAUGCAUCAUGCACUUUGGCAGAUUAUACUUUGAUAAUGCAGCUGAUGAUAAGCCUAUUGAAGUGUCUUUUUUUUUUUGCGAGUAUAUGCACUACAUGUAUUUUUCAAAACUGCAAUGGUACGUCUGUUUUCUGGCCACUGUUGUGUGUUCCAAAGUGUCUUCUAAUGCAAGACGUUUCUCAACGCCUUAACCCAAAGCCGUUAAAGAUGUUUAUCAGUUUUACUCCUGGCUCGACGUGUCGUCAGUUUUUCACAAGAUGAUGUCGACAGACCUCAACAGGAACUGAGGGAGUGAUGUUAGAUUUUUACCCUCCCUCCCCCUUUUCCUCGCACUCUUGAGUGGCAUUGAAGCUAAAAAGUAUUCACACCACUUGAACGUUUUAACCGCAUUAAUGUGUUUUUGGGGACUUUAUGCCAUAGAUCAACGGUAAGCAGCGUGUAGUGAUCCGGACAGGAAACGAAACAUUGGUUUUCAAAUUGUUUUAUUUUAGAAACUAAUAUCUGAAAAGUGUGGCACACAUUUGUAUUCAGCCAGAAAUCUGGCCAGCUUUCUGAUUCUUGCUGAAGAAAAUCAUUCCCACAGCAUGAUGCGGCCACCACCAUGUUCAUGGUACUUUUUUGCCUCAGUGUUUUUGCUUGUCAGCCAAUAAAUAGAACUUUGGUCUCGUUUGAUCUGAGCACCUACUGUUUGCGCCGACCUGUGAUCAUUAUGGGUUUAUUUUUCCAACAAUGACUUCCUAAGCCGCCCUUCUAUAAAGUUUUCUCUAACAAAACUCUGAGGCCUUCUCUUUACUCACUGCAUUGAAUUGCUUUUAUGUGUUUUAGACUAAAGGAGGCUAAAUACAAAUGUAAGCCUCUUUUUAUUUUUUGGUUAAAAAAGAAAAAAAAUGUAUACAUUUCUACUUAACAAUCAUGCACUACUUUGUGUUGGUCUAACAGGUUUUCCCCCAAAUACAUUGAGAUUUGUGGCCAUAACGUAACCGUGAAAAAGUCUCAGAGGCAUGAAUACUUCUGCAAGGCUGUAAAUAUGCAGAACAGUUCAGAAUUGAAUCAGGACUGUUGAGGCCUCCUCUUCACCCCCCGAGACACUUACUACCAUGGGUUGUUACAUCUUUACUUGAUUUUUGUUUGAUGUAUGUAUUUUUUUAAGGAAAAUAAUUACUAAUGUUGAGAUUAUUUUUACUAAGAUUUUAUGUAAAUUCCAGUUGAUAACUCUGUAAAAUGUGGGUUCUUUUGUUGCUUUUUUUUUUUCCAUUGAAGUCAUUUUUCAUCAGUCACACUACAUGUAUAUUAAAGGAAAUUAUUAGUAAGCCUUGA